AUGCCAUUCGCAACGGAGAAGAAAAAGUCCUAUUUUGGGCUGACUGGAGGAUGGCUGACGUUCUGGGUCACCGUUGCAUGUGCAACUGACAUGACUCUAUUCGGGUAUGAUCAAGGUGUAUUCAGUGGCGUUGUGAUUACCCAGAAUUUUCUCGAACUCCAUGAUCUCGUCGGUCCAACCAAGACUAAGACCCUUUCUACCGUAACGGCCAUCUACGAUAUUGGGUGUUUCUUCGGGGCCAUUCUUGCUUUUACAAUUGGUGAGCGACUAGGACGGAAGAAAGCAAUCAUGGUGGGAACGACCAUAAUGGCAGUUGGUGCCAUUCUCCAGGCGACGUCGUUCAGUUUACCGCAGAUGUUUGUGGGUCGAAUCAUCGUUGGUGUCGGGAAUGGCGUCAAUACUGCAACAGCCCCAGUUUGGCAGACAGGUAUAAUGUUUCCCUUCGUUUACGAUCCUUGGAUAGCUUCGCUAACAGUAUCCGAAGAGACAUCACAGCUCAAAUGGCGCGGUAAGCUAGUGAUCCUCGAGAUGAUGAUGAAUAUCGCAGGUUAUUGCAUUGUCAACUGGAUCAACUAUGGACUUUCCUUUGCCGGAGGUGCUGUCGCCUGGCGAUUCCCGCUUGCAUUCCAAUUCUUCUUUUUCUUCAUAUUGUGGUCUACUGUACCUUGGCUACCAGAGUCUCCUCGCUGGCUUCUUGCCCACGGGAGAGAAGAAGAAGCCGUUGAGGUGAUUAGUUGCCUCGAAGAAAAGCCAAUCGACGAUCCCUUCGUGAUUGCCCAGCGCAAUGAAAUCGAUUUCACCAUCCGCUACGAGCUCGAGAACUCAGUGCGGUGGCGCGAUCUCCUUAAGAAAAGAGAUCACGAUACCAAGACUCUGCGACGAUUGCUCCUUGGUGCUGGCACUCAGUUCAUGCAGCAGUUUGGCGGUAUCAACAUCAUGUCCUACUAUCUUCCGACGGUCUUGGAGAAAUCCGUUGGUCUCAAGGAGAGCAUGGCACGUCUUUUGACGGCUUGUAAUGCCAUCUCAUACUUGAUCUUUUCCGGGCUUGCGGUUCUUCUUGUUGAGCGGAUGGGUCGUCGUGGGUUAAUGAUUUUGUCGACAUUCGGCCAGUUCUUGUGUUUCUUGAUUAUCACCAUCUUACUGCGCUUUGCGGAAACUUCGAGCAAUGGCAAGGCCUGGGGAUCGGCAUCAGUGGCGUUCUUUUUCUUGUUCCACGGUAGCUUUGGAAUCGGAAUGCUAGGUGUUCCAUGGCUUUAUCCGACCGAGAUCAAUUCCUUGCCUAUGAGAACAAAGGGCGCUGCAGUCGCGACAGCGACCGAUUGGUAUGACUUGGCCUCCAUGAAGCUUUUCUCUUUUCUCGGGACUAACACAAAACGAAGGAUCACAAAUUUUGUCAUUGUCGAGAUCACGCCUAUUGGUAUACAGAAUCUUGGUUGGAAGUUCUGGAUCGUGUGGACAGUGACAAACGCUCUGUUCCUUCCAGUUCUAUACUUCCUUUAUCCGGAAACAGCGAACCGAAGCCUCGAAGAUAUCGACGCAUAUUAUCGCUCCAACCCGUCACUGGUAGUAACCAAAGACGCCGAUGCGAUUUUCAGAAGACGACCUCAAAAGUAUAUCGAUCGCGAGGACGAGGAAGUUGAGAGAACUACCGCAGGUAAAAGUCGGCUGGUGGCAGUGGAGAACGUGGGGAUGAGUGGGAAU